AAGUUUAGAAAAAGAGAGAAAGAAGCGUAGCAAGAGGAAUUGAAUUUAUUAAUACUUCAACUUUCAAGUCUUUCUUCCUUCCCUCCUCCCAUUCCAAUUCCAUCAUCAAAUACCAAAGUCGUAACCGUAACCAAAAUGUCAGACCAAUUGCAGAUACUUGACGGAACUACCCUCCGUGACCUCGAUCUAUCCACCGCCGUCUCCGAUCGACCGGUCACCGGAGCUCAACUACUUCACAUUGCUCAUUCCCGAGCUUCCUCUUCCCUCUUCGAUCUUCCUUUACCCGAUCCUCUCAAAGCCUCUGCACUCAAUCGCCUCCGUAGUAGUAGCUCCGACGUUGAACCUUCCUUUUCACCUGAGACUGAGUAUCAGCCUUUACAGGCUUCUCAUAUCCUCAAACAAUACAUCACCGCCAUCGCCGAUGAACUCAAAGGUUGUCCUCUUGUUGUAUCAAUCUUGGAUGGAAGUACUCUUCGUUUGUUGUUUGAGGAUGAGGAUGAUUUUGCCAUGCUAGCCGAAAAUCUGUUCACUGAAUUGGACAUUGAAGAUAAGGGGAAAAUCAGCAAGAGUGAGAUUCGAAAUGCUCUUGUUCAGAUGGGAGUUGACAUGGGAGUUCCUCCUUUCUCAGAAUAUCCUCAGCUAAACGACUUGUUGAGUAAACAUGGAGCGGAUGGAGAAGAAGAACUGGGCCAGGCACAAUUUGCACAGCUUCUGCAGUUUGUAUUACAAGAUCUUGAGGUGGAACUUUCCAAAAAGAAUUUUGUUUUCAUCCAGAAUAUUCAAAUCAUAAAUGGCUCUAAGAUAAGACAGCUAUUGGCCAAUGAAAAGGAGUUAAACAGCUUUGUGGAGAAGGCAUUACAAGAAAAACUAAAUGCAAAGGAUGGUUUAGGGAGCACGGAAAUAAUAAGGAGCUUCCUUGAGAAAAACACUAAGGAGUUGGGUUUACCACUAUCUGCUGGUGGCGAUGCAGCUGAUCUUUUUUAUGAAUAUGUUUUUGCUGAUGUAGCCAAAGAAAAAGGUGCAGUGGAAUUAGAGAAAGAAGAGCCAGCAAAACUUUUGAAAGAUAUCUUAGAGAAAAUGGCAGAGCAACUUGAGUUGAAUCCAGUAUAUCAGGACUUUGCUUGAGGUUGAUGAUGAAUUAGUGGGCUAUAUUUCAUAUGUUUGUAACUUCGUAUCAUUACAGGGCAUGCGGAUUGGGUGUAUAUUGUAUAAUGAAUUUUACUUAUACAUAGUACCUUAAAUAGUAUGAUAUUAUAAUAUGAAUUGCUACCUGAUUUUCUAGA